GAAGGAGGCGCCAAAAUCAGUAACCUAAUCUUAUGAACCCAGAGGAUAAGGGAAAGCGAGAGUGUAUCUUCACUAAAGGAAAAAUCUCCUUUCCCUCACCAUUCUCCUUUUAGCCGUUGCAGCGCUUAAAUAUAUACUAUUAUUAUGGCAAUGGCAGUCGCCCACUGCUGCUUCUCCGUACUCAGCUCCACCGUUAAAUUCCGUUACUCCGUUUCUUACCAUAGGCGUCUAGCCACUUCCACCUCCACUUCACAGGCGUCCCUUGACGCGCUCUCUCCUAAAGCCACCAAUGACAAGAAAAGAGCUCUGAAGACUAGCUCGUCGACAUCUCCCCGUAAGUUCAACGCUGAGAAAGAUCCUGUUUCCCAGAAGAAUCUUCCCAGAAGAUCAAAAGAUGAAAAGUCUAGUUUAUAUGCUGAUGGAAUUAGUGGUAGAGGGGACAUGGGGCGUCCUCAAUCAACAGGUUUUAAAUCAUUCAGUACGCAAAGAAAAGACAAGAAGGAGUUUCAGCUUGACUCGAGGGAGCAACAAGUUGAACCAGGGAAUCUUCAGGAUGCAACCUUUCUCAAUGCUGUUGUGAAGGUUUACUGCACCCAUACCGCACCUGAUUAUUCCCUUCCUUGGCAAAAGCAAAGACAAUUUACAAGCACUGGAAGUGCUUUCAUGAUUGGGGAUGGGAAACUUUUAACAAAUGCACAUUGUGUGGAGCAUGAUACACAGGUUAAAGUAAAAAGAAGGGGAGAUGAUACCAAAUAUGUUGCUAAGGUUUUAGCUAGAGGUGUUGAUUGUGAUAUAGCUUUGCUUUCAGUCGAGAGUAAGGAAUUUUGGAGAGGAGCUGAGCCACUCCGCUUGGGACACUUGCCGGGUCUUCAGGAUGCAGUAACUGUUGUGGGAUAUCCCCUAGGAGGAGACACCAUUUCAGUGACAAAGGGAGUAGUAUCACGUAUAGAGGUCACAUCAUAUGCCCAUGGCUCAUCUGAUUUGUUGGGCAUUCAAAUUGACGCAGCAAUAAAUCCUGGUAAUAGCGGUGGUCCUGCAUUCAACGAGCAGGGAGAGUGCAUUGGGGUUGCAUUUCAGGUUUACAGAUCUGAGGAGGCUGAAAAUAUUGGUUAUGUGAUACCAACUACGGUUGUAUCCCAUUUUCUAAGUGACUAUGAGAGGAAUGGGAAGUACACAGGUUUCCCUUGCCUUGGUGUAUUGCUGCAGAAGUUGGAGAAUCCAGCACUACGUGCAUGCUUACAAGUACAGUCUAAUGAGGGUGUACUUGUUCGAAGAGUUGAACCUACUUCAGAUGCAAAUAAUGUUUUAAAGGAGGGGGACGUGAUUGUGAGUUUUGAUGAUGUUCAUGUGGGUUCUGAAGGAACAGUGCCGUUCAGAUCAAAUGAGCGCAUUGCAUUUCGCUACCUCAUUAGUCAAAAAUUUGCAGGUGAUGUAGCAGAACUUGGUAUUGUUAGAGCAGGCAGAUUCAUGAAAGUUCAAGUAGUUUUAAAUCCAAGAGUACAUUUGGUUCCUUAUCAUAUUGAUGGAGGUCAACCUUCAUAUUUAAUUAUUGCUGGUUUGGUGUUCACCCCACUUUCAGAACCAUUGAUAGAGGAGGAGUGCGAAGACUCUAUAGGGUUGAAACUGCUAGCGAAGGCACGGUACUCAUUGGCAAGGUUCAAAGGAGAACAGAUCGUGAUACUAUCACAGAUUUUGGCAAACGAAGUGAACAUCGGAUAUGAGGACAUGGGCAACCAGCAGGUUUUGAAGUUCAAUGGAAUUCGAAUAAAAAACAUUCAUCACCUAGCACACCUUGUGGCUUGUUGUAAAGACAAGUAUCUAGUGUUUGAAUUUGAAGACAAUUACCUAGCUGUUUUGGAGAGGGAAGCAGCUAUGGCAGCUUCUUCACGCAUACUCAAAGAUUAUGGAAUUCCGUCCGAAAAAUCUGAUGAUCUUUUAGAACCGUAUGUUGAUUCAGUUAGAGACAACCAGGCCAUAGAGCAGGACUAUGGCGAUAGUCCAGUUUCAAAUUUGGAGAUUGGCUUUGAAGGACUCCUUUGGGCAUAAUUAUUCCAAGUCGAAGAAUUCAGUUUGAUCAUCUUGGCAAGGAAAGGUCGGGGAAUAAAAGAAGAUCCUGGCUCGGAAAGGUUAUGAUUGAGAGCUUAAGUUUGCCACGUCACUCAAAAGCUUUUAUUGGUUUCUGUGAAGCCGUUAUCAAAAUACCAGAGUGCCAUCUCGUCCUUCCCUUUCCCCCAUCCUCCCGUGGUUGGUUAGGAUUUAUGAUUUGGUUGUAACAUUUUUUGGCCCAUUUCUUGAUUGAUUAAGGGAAGCAUGGUUGCAUGCACUGGAUCAGAAUGAGGCUGCAACGAACCUAGAGACCGGAGAGCAUUUGAUGUACAUGUUUUGAAAGAAUAAAAAAUGUUGGAUUAUCAUCUCACUCGAUUCGAUGUGAAAUAUACAAAAAGACACUAUCCCCAAUGUUAUCAUCAAGCUCUAGGCUGGAUCAGGCCAUGUAAUAAAGCUCAUAAAAACUGUCCUAUUAAUCUAUUUCUUUUUCCCCCAA